AACUCCCACCCUUCUCCUGAGGCCACUUCAUUGCUACAACUACAACCCCCCUCCCCUCAAUUCCCCUCCUCGAAUUCAAAUCAAUCUAUCCAACCAUCCUAAAAUCGAUCACAUCACCAACCAUGUCCCAGAACCACCCGACAGUCCAAGGCUGCCUCAUCAGCUUCCCCACCCCGCAAAUCCUCCUCCUGACGCUCAACCGCCCCGAAAAGCGCAACUCCAUCACUCUCGCCACGAGCCAAGAGAUCCAACAACUCUGGUCCUGGUUCGACGUCCACCCGACCCUGCGCGUGGCCAUCAUCACCGGCGCAGGGGGUUCAUUCUGCGCCGGAGCCGACCUGAAGGAAUGGAACGACCUGAACGCCCGGGGCAUCGAGAACAAAAUGACCGCCCCCGGGCUAGCCGGGCUACCGCGCCGCCGCGGCGUGAAACCCAUCAUCGCCGCCGUCAACGGCUUCUGUUUAGGCGGGGGGUUCGAGAUGAUCACCAACUGCGACAUCGUGGUGGCCAGCAGCAUCGCGACGUUCGGGCUGCCCGAGGUGCAGCGCGGGAUCGCGGCGGUGGCGGGCUCGCUGCCGCGGCUGGUGCGCGUCGUCGGCCGCCAGCGCGCCGCCCAGAUCGCGCUCACGGGCCGGCCGUUCUCGGCCGCCCAGAUGGAGCGCUGGGGGUUGGUCAAUGAGGUCGUCGACACGCCGGAGGGGCUGGUGGACCGCGCGGUGGAGAUCGCGACCGCCAUCGCCAGCAAUAGUCCCGAUAGUAUUCGGGUGACGCUGGAAGGGUUACAUCUCGGCUGGGAGGAGGCUCAUGUCGAGGUGGGCAGUGAGCGGUUGGUCGAGGAGUGGUAUGGGAAGUUGAUGGCCGGGGAGAAUUUUCAUGAAGGCGUGCGGGCGUUUGCGGAGAAGCGGGCGCCGCAGUGGAGGGCUUCGAAGUUGUGAAGUG